AUGAUAUCACGUCGCUUAACGUCGUUGCAGAGAUUGGCUUUGCUAUAUCGCCAGCGGCUUGCUGUGCAGCGUUUCCCAUCUGCUAUGUUUUCAAGUACUGUUAGUGUUCAUUCACGCCCAGAACACCCAUCAUUACGCUUUUUGUCAAACCCGGUUUCUUCAGCAGCUUCGAGCCAACGUUAUUUUCACACAUCGAACUACUGGUGUGGAGAGGUUGUGGAAGUAGCAGGCCCUGAGUUUGCAGAAUCUAUUUCUGAAGGCGACAUCAGAUGGAUGAAACAAAAAGGGGAUUACGUCACCGAGGACGAGCUUGUUGCGGAAAUUGAGACAGAUAAGACUUCCUUGGAAGUUCCUGCCCAGUAUUCAGGAACUAUUGUCGAGCUUCUUGUUCCGGAAGGCGGGAAAGUAGUGGCAAAACAGAAGUUGUACAAAAUAGAACUUGGGGAGGCCCCUCCUGCUGGCGCAGAGAAAAAGGCGCCAGAAGAAAAAGCUGCGGAAGCAGCAAAAAAAAAACCGUCAGCAACUCCACCUCCCACAGCGCCUACGCCGACUCCACCUCCAAUUUCUACAGCGCCACCUCCACCUCCAUCCAGACCUUUAGAGGGCGCUAUCCCCAAAGCUGUACCUCACGUCGCAGAACCACCUAAAGCGCCGAUGAUUUCGCGUCCAGUUAGUGAAAUACCGGUAACCUCCCCCCAAACACCAACAAUGUCGGGGCCUGUUCCAGGAGAGAGGAGCGAAACGAGAGUAAAAAUGAACAGAAUGCGUCUUAGAAUUGCACAAAGGAUGAAGGAUGCUCAGAACACUUAUGCAAUGCUUACAACAUUUAAUGAAGUUGAUAUGAGUAACGUGGUUGAAAUGAGAGCUCGUUAUCAAAAGGCUUUCGUGGCGAAGCAUGGUAUAAAAUUAGGAUUAAUGUCUCCUUUCAUUAAAGCAGCUGCUUUUGCCCUUCAACAGAGACCUGUGGUAAACGCAGUUAUUGACGAGGGCGAGAUUGUUUAUCGUCAUUAUAUUGACAUGUCUAUCGCAGUGGCAACUCCUAAAGGUCUUGUAGUACCUGUCUUACGGAAUGUUGAUCAGAUGGACUAUGCGGCAAUUGAAAAAACUCUUAGUGAGCUUGGCACUAAAGCUCGAGAAGGAAAACUGGCAAUUGAGGAUAUGGAAGGAGGCACAUUUACCAUUAGUAAUGGAGGUGUUUUCGGCUCGAUGUUUGGCACUCCCAUAAUUAAUCCUCCACAGUCUGCUAUACUUGGUAUGCAUGGUAUUUUUGACCGACCGGUGGCUGUAAAUGGCAAAGUGGAAAUUAGGCCGAUGAUGACAGUAGCUUUAACUUAUGAUCAUAGGUUAAUUGAUGGAAGAGAUGCUGUUUCCUUUUUGAAGCAGAUCAAGUCUGCUGUUGAAGACCCUCGCGUAAUGUUGAUGAAUUUGUAG